UAAUUGUGAUUCGUAGGAAGUAAGAUCUCUAGUAGUAUAAAAAUAAAAAUAAAAUAGUGUAAUUUCAACUUCAAAUCGGAACGCAACAUAAGAAAACAACAGCAAACAAGAACAACACACUCGAACCACCAAUUAACAACAUUAACCGUUAACCGUCGCGCAUCCGUCAAACUUUAACCGUCUUUUACGCAUUGAGUAAUAAAAGCACAACAACAACAAAAAAAAAACAACUAAAGAAGUAACGUAACUCCGUAACGUAUCAAGAACGCGUCCCAUCUCCCGUAUUGUAUUUGUGUGUGUGCGAAUGCAACAGCAACAAGAAUCUCUCUUCAAGCAACAAGACAUAACGUAACGCUGCGUAUAACGUUUUGGACAAAGCAAACCUAGCAUUUUUUUCGUAAAAAAAAAAAACUAUAAAAGCUGAAGAACAACAACGCACACAUACAGCAUAAGGCGCUGAGAAAAGAAACUGGAAAACGCAACGAGUAGCAAAACGCGACGUGACUUGACCUGACCCGACUCGACCUGACGUGACGACGGUACGACGGUCGCCAGCCCACAAACAAAUAUUAAUGCGUGUUAGACUAGACAAGAGCAACACAGAACGAACCAACGCCGCGUAAAAGCCCCAACAGCAGCAGAAGGAGCCACAGGAUAACUCUCUACAAGAGCUAGAGAAAGAAGAGAGAGCGAGAGACGCAGUGAGCGAGAGAGAGAGUCUCUCACGCUUUUGGAAUCGAAUUUCUUGCGCGCCCACGUUUAAGAAAAACAGCCUCAAGAUUCUGCCCUUCGGUGCCAACUUUCGUCUGGAGACGACACCAGCCGAAAUGCACAAAAUAACAGCCGCACCGGCUGCGGCCACAGCGCCAACCGGUGCACUGGAGGCGCCACUGGCAGCGCCCAAAUACGGCACACUUAUCCCGAAUCGCAUCUUUGUGGGCGGCAUUAGUGGCGACACCACCGAGGCGGAUCUGACGCGUGUGUUCAGCGCCUACGGCACCGUGAAGAGUACAAAGAUAAUUGUGGAUCGUGCCGGUGUUAGCAAGGGCUACGGAUUUGUUACCUUUGAGACAGAGCAGGAGGCGCAAAGACUGCAGGCGGAUGGUGAGUGCGUGGUGCUGCGUGAUCGCAAGCUGAACAUUGCGCCAGCCAUCAAGAAACAGCCCAAUCCGCUGCAGUCGAUUGUGGCCACCAAUGGAGCCGUUUAUUAUACCACCACGCCGCCGGCACCGAUUAGCAAUAUACCGAUGGAUCAGUUUGCCGCUGCCGUCUAUCCGCCAGUUACUGACUUUACAGCCGCUGGCGUGCCAGCCAUCUACCCACCUUCAGCCAUGCAAUAUCAGCCAUUCUAUCAGUACUACAGCGUGCCAAUGAAUGUACCCACCAUUUGGCCUCAGAACUAUCAAGAAACCCAGCCACCGAUGCCGCAUCAUGCGCCCCCGCAUGCCGCCUGGGAGUUUGAUGAUGGCAGCAACAAUAACAAUCGCAACAAUAGCAAAAGCAACAUCUCGGUGACCAAUUGGCGCAUGUCCAUGUAGUCUCCAUGCCUAGUCUAACACAGAAGAACUCAAGAAAACUACGGAUAGGACACGCACACAUACACACACACACACACAGUAGCAGCAGCAACUGGAAGCAAAUCGAAGAAAAAAC